UCCGUACAAAUAAAUCUUCCGAAAUGUAAUAAUAAUUAGGGUUAUCGUUACUUAUGUCGAUAAUGAUAACAUGGUCGUCAAAAAACAAUAAUAAUAAUAAGAUGAAGUGCGAAGUGAGGCGUUUGCGGAGAAGUAACAAAAUCAUCAAAAAGAAAGUCGCUGAGAAACUUCGGAUUAUAACCAAUUUUUUACUUUUAUACGUAUUCAAUGUUAUAUGAGAGCGUUAUAAAUGCUUCAAGAACGCUCGACAAAUUCUCACAUUUUUCAUUGAAAAAAAAAUGUUGAAAGUAUCAAAUUUACCGAUAGAGGAGCAAAAUAUAGAAACAGUGAAUACUACGGUGAAACCGCAAGAGGAUGCGAAAAGCACGACGAAGCCGACAGUUGCAAAAAACUUGGAUGAUCGGCCGCCGAACGAUAUUGCGAGUGCGACAUUAACAUCACCCGAUGCUGUUGCUGCUGCCAUCGCCGAACAAACCGACGAUCCCCUUGAAGAGAUUUAUACUUGGGUCGAUCAAAUCUCAUUCUCGAGACCGAGAAAGAACAUUGCAAGAGAUUUUUCCGACGCUGUCUUUAUGGCAGAAUUGUUGAAACGGUAUUACCCUCGUCACGUGGAUUUGCACAAUUACGUGCCGAGAAACGCAGUUGGAAAAAAGAUUGAGAAUUGGAGCACUCUCGAUCGUAAAGUACUAUCCAAAAUCGGCUUGAGAUUGAACAAAGACACGAUACUGAAAUUGGCGUAUUCGGAGGCAGGUGCGAUAGAAACGGUCCUAGCUGAAGUUAGAAAAAAAGUUCUCAAAGAUUGCAAUGCCGAAAGGGCAUCUUUGUAUUUUGACUAUGAGGACAAUCGAAAAGGUGAAACUGCUGAAUCUAUACUGAAUCGAGAAGAAGUAACAAACAAAAAAGUGCCCCGCAGAGCAUUUGUCAAGUUGAAGAACGAGUUGCAGGAAAAAAAAAGCCACAUUGCUACACUAAAGGAAAGAGUCUCGCAUCUUGAGAGUCUUGUAAAAUUGAAGGAUCAGAGGAUUGCCGACUUGGCUAGCCAAAUUAAAGAUUUUGCUGGAAAAAACUUGACACAGAUAGCGCGUACUGAGAGUGCAAGAAAAAAAUAUUAAAAAUUUAAAGAAACGUUUUCUUGGUAUAUAAUGUAAAUAUAAAUGAGAACGCAAUGAAUUCCGUAAGACUCUUACUCAAGAAUAAUGUAAAUAUUACGGAAGAGAGCUGGGUAUGUUUAAUUUACAAAUAGUAGGGAUUAAAAUUUAUUUGAAAAAUA